AUGACUGCCGCCGCUGCAAACGCCCCAAUUCCCGCAGAAAACUCUGCUCCCGCUGUCGCCUCUCACGAGGUUGGCAUGAUGUUUGUUCAUGAGUAUUACACUUUCUUGAACAAAGAGCCCAGCCGCCUGCACUGCUUCUACAACAAAAUGUCGACCAUGAGCCAUGGUACUCAGGGUGAAGAUCCUUAUGACAUCCAUGCUAAAAUUCUUGAACUUGGUUUUGAAGACUGCAAGGUUCUGGUGACCAAUGUCGACAGCCAGAGCUCUCUCAACGGUGGUAUCAUGAUCCAAGUUUUGGGUGAGAUGUCUAACAAGGGUGGGCCUUCCCAAAAGUUUGUCCAAACCUUCUUCUUGGCUGAGCAGCCCAAGGGAUACUAUGUUUUGAACGACAUUUUCCGUUACCUCAAGGAGGAUAAUGAUGCGGAGUUCGAGAAUGCUACUGAAAAAGUUGAAGCUGAUGUUGGAGUUGUUGCUUCUGAACCUUCUGUUAUCAAAGAGGAGAAGGAAGAGGAAGAGGAGAAAGAGCAGGAGGAGGUGGCGACGGACAAGGAAGAGGCGGUUGCAUCUGUUGAGGCAGCCGUGCCUAUUGAAACAGACGUCAUUGAACAAGCUCAUCCUCCUGUUGAGGAGGAAAAGGUUGAGGCUGUGGAAGAGAAGUCUCCCAUUGUUGAUGAGAAGAAAGUUGUUGAGGAAGAGAAGGUUACCGAUGAAAAGAAGGCUGCCGAGGAGAAGAAGCCUUCUGAAAAGAGAUCAGAGUACAAGAAGCAUGACAGAAGGUCUGAUAAGAAAGAUGGAAAGAAGGACGAUAAUAAGGAGGCUAAGAAGGAUGCAAAGAAAGAUGCCGACUUGUCUGAGAAGCCAAAAACCCCUGAGCCUUCUCAAGCAGAGGCAGCUCCAUCUGCUCCUGCCACCGCUCCGGAUACCGUUGCUUCAGAUUCCGCCGUCUCAGAAGCUGUCGUCUCAGAAGCCGCAGAGCCUUCCAAGCCAGCAACCUGGGCAAAGCUUGCAUCAGACGGCAGUAACCGCUGGGGAACUCAUGUUGCUUCUGGAGCUAGAGGUUCUUCUUUCAAUGUGUCUCGGCCCACUCCCAAGCCACAGACAUCUCAGCCUGUGAGCAGACCCCAAGGACAGAGAUCAAACACUGGACGUGAGGAAACUCAUGGAAUCUAUGUCAAGAACAUUACAGAGAAAAUGACCAUUGAGCAGCUGCGUGAAGCCUUCAGCAAGUUUGGCCCCGUCAAGAACUUUGAGCUGGCUCCCAAGAAGAAUUGUGCCUAUGUCGAUUUUGAGUCUGCAGAGGCAGUUCAGGCUGCGUUGAAGCAAAAUCGUGUCAACAUUGGUUCCGAAGUUGUGUUGGCAGAGGAACGUCGCCGCCCUGGCUAUCAAAACAACGGCCGUUCUUUCCAUCAUCAGAACGGAAACGGCCACCAAGGUCAUCAGGGUCAUCAAGGCAGCCACCGUGGCCGAUCCACGCGUGGUGGUUUUCAUGAUCGCAAGCCUAUUCAGAGGCAUGACAAAACCGCCCCCGCCGUUGCUGUGAACUAA